AUAGCCGUUAUUGGCCGUUUAUUUGCCGCAUUAUUUAGUUGAAGAUUGUAAGUGCAGUUGACCAGACGUCUAAUAUUUCUGUAUUAAUAUAAUUUCUGUGCCCGACUUGAAUAAGAAAAGCCCAGAAAUGAAAACCUUUAGUUUGCUCCUGCUGGGGUUACUCCCUGUUUUCGUAUUAGCCGACAUGGACAUACCGAAUCUCAAAAAACUUAAGAGUCGUUCAAAGAUAUUCGAUGGAGAAAGGAUUUUUUCUGUAGAAAUGCUUAAACAGAUCCGAAGAUACCAACCGAGCGGCAACCUGUUCUUCUCCCCGUUCAGCGCCUAUAACGCUCUGCUCCUCGCCUAUUUCAGUGCGUCCGGAGAGACGGAGUCUCAGCUGAGGAAUGCCCUGAAUCUUGACUGGGCUUCCGUUAAAUCAGAGGUGAAUGCCGCAUACAUAUUGGGAAAAGCACAAGACAGGAGUCGAUCACGUCGAAAUAUGGUGGAGCUCAAUUCUGCGAACCACAUCUUUUUGGACAAAAAGGUGAGCCUGCAGAGCCAAUUCAAAACACUCCUACAAAGUGAAAUCGACCAAAUCGACUUCGAGAACGAACCGGAGAAGUCACUCCAGCAAAUCAACGGGUGGAUCGCAGAGCAGACGAAAAACCAGAUCCUCGACAUGCUAAGCUCCGAGGAAAUCACCACAAACACCAAGUUGGUCCUGGCCAACGCUGCCUACAUGAAGGGUCAGUGGCUAAGCCAGUUCGAUGUGAAGAUGACCUCUUUACAGCCCUUCUUUAUAACCCCCUACCAACCUGUGACGGUUUCCAUGAUGCAACAGAAGGGCACCUUCAAGAUAAAUAUGGACGAAAAUUUGCAAGUCCAAAUCCUCCAGGUGCCAUUCCGCACAUUAUACGAGUCGGAGGAGACGCCAAACUCCACUCCUGAUGAUAAGUCCGAAAUUUCCAUGGUGCUCAUCUUGCCGAGCUCCAACCAAGUCUCCAUUAAUGAUGUUGUUAACCGUCUGGAAUCCAACGAUUUGAUUAAUUUGAUUGAGAAGUCCAUGGCGCGCGAGGUCGUUUUGUCGAUGCCCAAGUUUCAGUUCGAGCAGCGUACAAAACUCACUCCGAUCCUUGGAAAUAUGGGCAUUACGAAGCUUUUCGGCAAUGCUGCCAACUUGAAUGAUCUAACAUCCGAUUACGUUUACUUCGAUGAUGCCCAACACGUGGCCAAGAUCAAGGUGGACGAGAGGGGAAGCACCGCGGCGGCGGCCACCAUCCUGUUUAGCAGCCGAUCGGCUAGGCCCGCCGAUCCCACCCAGUUCAAUUGCGACCAUCCGUUCCUGUUCAUCAUCUAUGAUCGCAAAGUCAGUACGAUCCUUUUUGCGGGAAUCUAUAGUGACCCAACAACAAUGAAUUAUGAUCACCUGUUAGAUACCGAUUACUUUACACUUACUGUGUAUCGAUAUAAAAAGCUGCGCUUGGCGGAACUAAGUCCCCUGCUUCUCUUGUCGAACGAUUCAGUUGAUAGUUUUAGCUGCAGGUGGACAGACUUGCAUUCGGUUUUAGUUAUUGUUCGAUUUCGGUGCUACUCAAAGCCUACAUUUAAAGAAGCAGGUUUUCACAAAAUGCAUAUCCUCAGCCUAUCUCUGAUGGUGGUCCUGCCGGCCAUCGCCCUGGCAGGUCUUUGUGCCGUUGAACCCAACGUGAGCCUACUAGAUCGCAGGGAAAACUUCUACAAGGGACAACAAAACUUCGCUGUGUCCAUGCUGGACGCGAUCCGGGAGAGCACUCCCAACGAGAACGUCUUCUUCUCUCCCUACAGCACCUACCACGCUCUGCUCCUCGCCUAUUUCGGAUCCUCCGGGGAAACGGAGAAGGAGUUGAAAAAGGUGCUUCAUCUGGAGUGGGCCGACUCAAAGGAAGUGGUGCACAGCGCCUACGUUCUGGAGAAGAAGAAAAGGAAGGAGCGGCAGAGCAAUAUGCCGCUGGAGUUCGCCUCCGCGGACCGCAUAUUCUUCGCCAACGAUCUUCCGCUGACCAACUGUGCGGAGACCCGUCUGGUUAAUGAGAUCAAGCAGACCGACUUCAAGAACAACCCCGAGGAGUCGCGCAAGGAAAUCAACGACUGGAUCGCCGAGGUCACGCACAACCAAAUCCGCAAUAUGCUCAGCGCCGAUGAAAUCAAUCCUAACACCCGGUUGGUCCUGGCCAACGCCGCCUACCUGAAGGGCCAGUGGCUCAGCCAGUUCAAGACGGAGAAGACUGUUCCGAUGCCCUUCUACACUUCGCCGUCAAACUUGUCGCUGGUGUCCAUGAUGCAGCAGAAGGGAACCUUCCUGCUGAACGUCGACGAGCAGCUGCGUGCCCACGUCCUCCAGAUGCCCUAUCGCACGGUCUUCGAGUCGCAGGAGAAGCCGGACAGCUUGCCCGAUGAGAACUCGGACAUCUCCAUGGUGCUCAUCCUGCCGCCUUUUAACAGCAACUCUCUGGAGGAUGUGCUUUCCCGGCUGAACGCCGAUACCCUGGAGGAGUCGCUCAAGCAGGCCAUGCCACGCGAAAUCGAAGUGUCGCUGCCCAAGUUUGAGUUCGAACAGCGGUUGGAACUGAACCCAAUCCUUGUGAAAAUGGGAGUCACGAAAAUGUUUGACGCGUCCUCCGCCACCUUCGACGAUUAUACCUCGGAGGCGAUUUCAAUUGGAGAUUCCAAGCACGUGGCAAAGAUCAAGGUGGACGAAGAGGGUAGCACUGCCGCGGCGGCCACAGUUCUCUUCACCUACCGUUCCGCUAGGCCCGUCGAGCCCGCAAAAUUCGAGUGCAACCAUCCGUUCCUGUUCGUCAUCUAUGAUCGCACCUCCAGAUCGAUCCUGUUUACGGGCAUCUAUCGCGAUCCCAAAACAAUAAAGCAGUAAAAUAUAAAUAAUUUCACGGUGCAGCAACUUCGCAAUUAACCUAACCAAAUUAUGUUUUGACUGUUAAGGACAAUGUAAACUUUUUAACAUACUUAAACGAUAAUAAAUUAUGCCCAUAACAAGAAAAA